GUAAAAUGAUACACAGGGGUUUUUCACUAGGCUGUGAAGGCAGACGCCUGUUUCCACACAACACAGACGGCUGAGCAGAAAUCCGAAGAGCUGCUUGCACAGACUGGAGGAUUCCCUGGCUAGCUGUACAACUCCUCUUCUCUGCCGGCAGGUCACUGUGUCAGCCAUUUAUUAAUGGACGUGACUCCCCAUCCCAACUCCAGAGGGUACAAUUAACUACCUGCCUGCUGUCAAAAAACUCAAUGUCAAAAUGACGGAACGCUUUGACUGCCACUACUGCAAGGAGAGCCUGUUUGGCAAGAAGUACAUCCUGAGGGAAGACAGCCCCUACUGCAUCAAGUGCUAUGAGAGCCUGUACUCCAACAGCUGUGAGGAAUGCAAAAAGCCCAUUGGCUGCGAUUGUAAGGAUCUGUCCUACAAGGACCGGCACUGGCAUGAAACCUGCUUCCACUGCUUCCAGUGCAAGAACUCACUGGUGGACAAACCUUUCGCUGCAAAAGAAGAGCAUCUCCUCUGUACUGAAUGCUACUCAAAUGAAUACUCCUCUAAGUGUAGCGAGUGCAAGAAGACCAUCAUGCCAGGUACUCGCAAGAUGGAAUAUAAAGGAAAUAGCUGGCAUGAGACCUGCUUUAUCUGCCAUCGGUGCCAACAGCCAAUUGGAACAAAGAGUUUCAUCCCCAAGGACAAUCAAAAUUUCUGUGUUCCUUGCUAUGAGAAGCAGUUUGCUAUGCAAUGUGUCCAGUGCAAGAAGCCAAUCACCACAGGAGGAAUUACUUACCGGGAGCAGCCGUGGCACAAGGAAUGUUUUGUGUGUACCGGAUGCAAGAAACAGCUGUCUGGACAACGUUUUACUUCCCGGGAUGAGUUUGCCUAUUGCCUGAACUGCUUUUGCAGCCUCUAUGCCAAGAAGUGUGCAGGAUGCACUAAUCCAAUAAGUGGACUCGGAGGUACCAAGUAUAUCUCCUUUGAAGAACGCCAGUGGCACAAUGAUUGCUUCAACUGCAAGAAGUGCUCCUUGUCGUUAGUGGGCCGCGGCUUCCUUACAGAACGGGAUGACAUCUUGUGCCCCGAGUGUGGGAAAGAUAUUUAAAAACUGAAAAGGCGCAAAGUGAUGAUGAUAAUAAUAAGCUGUUCUUACAAAUACAUAUAUUUUCUAAAACAAGUAAGGAUGUGUAUGAGUUUUGAGAAGUGGAAAACGUAGUGACUUGUUUUUUCAGCAAUAUAUAUUCAUCGGUUAAGGGUUUAUUUUUCUUUUCUAGAUUAUAGAAAUGCAUUGGAGAAGGAAAAGUCAGAAUGGAGCCAAGGUGAUUUUGACACCAACUGUUAGGCAAUACAUUUAAUUUAUGAAAUCAAAAUCAGUCAAAACACCCAGUUGUGAGAUCUUCAGAAAUGACCAAUAUAAAUGCAGGGGGAAACUAAUAUAAUUUUAAAAAUGGGGCUUCCUGAAAGACUCCAGUGGCCAGAGUUUAGUGCAUUGACAGUUCAGAAAUCAAUAUUUAUUAUGUCCUAGUUGGCAAAUGUGUAGGUGAUAAUAUGUAUGGGAUGUAGGUUCAAUCAGUAAUAGGAUGUUUUGUGCCAUGCCUUAAAAUAAGGGAUUACAGCUGCAAUUGUACUUAUCACUACAUUGGCAUAACUUCCAAGUAAACGUACGCGGGAUCGGGCUGCAUGAGUUUUAAAUGGAUUCAAGUACGCAACACAUUAUUGCACGACACUGCAAGAUCAUUGCACAAAGUACAUUGUCAGUUUCUUCUUGUACUGGUUUUGAAAUUUCAUUGCACCUUGUAUUUUACAAAGCAAUAAAUGUAUUUCUAACAAA